AGUGUAGGUUCCAGCAGUCUUACCUGUGUGACGCCUGCAGUCCCCUCACGCGAACCCUGCUCUCACCCGCUCACUCACUCCCCUCACGCACGCGCGCGCACGAGCGGUAGAAGAACAAAAAGAGGCUGACUCCCAAGCAGUCCUCCACUCCUUUUCGACUUUCUAUUUAGCCCGAUCGCUCCAUUCCCUGUUGGCCUCUGUAGUCACAGUGCUGUGAGCUACCGAGAGUGAUAUCUUCAUCCCAAACCUUUGUUGUUGAGCAGCGAACGCCCCAAGGGUUCUACAGCCGUCAUCAUGGACUUCGACUCAGAUGUUUCCGUGGUCAGAAAAGUGUCCAGAACAUACAAUGUCUACCGAGGCACCUCCCCCACCACACAGAACAGAAUGGAGGCUCGUUUGAGAGAGUUGGAGGACUCUCUGGACUCCGAGAGGGAAGGCAGAGUCAGGCAAAGACAGAACCUGCAGGUACAGCUGUCCGGACUCCAGAGUGACUACGACAGCCUCAACGCCCGCCUGGAGGAGGAGAUCGAGAGCGGCAACAGCCUGAGGAACCAGCUGUCCAAGGUCAACGCCGACUACGCCGCCCUCAAGGCUAGGUUUGACAAGGAGCUCCAGGCCAAGACUGAGGAGCUGGAGGAGACCAGACGCCGCCUGACCUCCCGUAUCACCGAGUUGGAAGACAACUGCGAACAGCUCCGUGUCAAGAACAGCAGCCUGGAGAAGACCAAGGCUAAACUCACCAACGAGAUCAAGGAAAUCACCAUCGAACUCGAGAACACCCAGAUCAUCGUGCAGGAUCUGACCAAGCGCAACCGCCAGCUCGAGAACGAGAACGUCGCCCUCCAGAAGCGUGUGGAUGAGCUCACGGCUGAGAACAACGGACUCCGCGCCGAUAAGGCUAACCUGGAACAGGAGGUCUACAGGCUGCGUGUGGCAAACGCCGAGCUCACCGAGCGCAACGAAAACCUGCAGAGAGAGAACAAGACACUUUCGGGACACUGAAGAUGCCCUCCGUGACGCCGAGAACAAGCUGGCUAACGCCAACGCUGCCCUGGAGAAACUCCGCCAGGACAUGGAGGCCAGACUUAGGGAGAAGGAUGAGGAGAUCGAGAACAUCAGACGUAGCAGCGCCCGCGUGAUCGAGGAGCUGCAGCGCACCCUGGUGGAGGUGGAGACCCGCUACAAGUCGGAGAUCAGCCGCAUGAAGAAGAAGUUCGAGUCCGACCUGCGCGAGCUGGAGGGUGCCCUGGACAAUGCUAACCGCGCCAACGCUGAGUACCUCAAGCAGAUCAAGUCUCUGCAGGCCCGCGUCAAGGAGCUUGAGACUCUUCUGGAUGAGGAGCGCCGUAACACCGAUGAGCUGCGCAACCAGCUGUCUCUGUCCGAGAGGAAGAGGCUGGCCAUUACCCAGGAACUGGAGGAUGCCCGCUCCCUGCUGGAGGCUGAGAACUACAAGAACGCCGAGAGCCUCCGCAAACAGCUGGAGAUUGAGAUCCGUGAGAUCACCGUGCGUCUUGAGGAGGCUGAGGCUUUCGCCCAGAGAGAGGGCAAGAGGAUGGUCGCCAAACUGCAGGCCAGAGUACGUGACCUUGAGGCUGAGCUGGAGGCCGAGAACAGGCGUGUGCGUGAGGCCGUGUCCAACCAGCGCAAGGCUGAGCGAUUCUACAAGGAACUGCAGACCCAGACCGAGGAGGAGAGGAAGCAGCUGGCUGAGCUCUCCAGCUUGAACGAUCAGCUUAGCAUCAGACUCAAGACCUACAAGAGGCAGAUUGAGGAGGCUGAGGAUGUUGCCAACCUGACCAUGAACAAGUACCGCAAGGCCCAGGCUCUCGUGGAAGAGGCUGAGUCCCGCGCUGACGUGGCUGAGAAGAACCUGCAGACCGUGCGUCGUUCCCGCUCCAUGUCAGUGACAAGGGAGAUCACCAGAGUGGUCAAAGUGUAAACUAUUUCUGCAAGAGUAGCUCAUCUUUCUGUGUACAAAGGAUUAAUGUUGCGUCUCCUCUCUCCUGUCUCGCUCUUUGCGCCAAUGCUUCAGCUCGCUGGUCAACUCAAACACGGCACAGAUCUGCCAACUGCACGCUGGUCAGUCAACACACGCGACUUCAACAACACCUCCGAGUUCUACCACAAGCUUUCUGGUGACACCACCACCCCAUGACGGCGAGAGGGGGGCAAGACUUUUCCAGUCUUGUCCUAUAAUAGCCUGAUGUGGGAUGGGAUGACAUCGACUGCUGAAUAUUUUGCCAACAAGAUCGAACAACAAGGAACAACUGAUGAAAUAAUAUAAUCAACAACAGAAAGGAGAAAGCGAGAAGCGGAAAGUUAACAACUACUAGCAAGGUAUUUCUUGUGUGUUUCGAAAUCCUGCUACACAAUGGGUCAUUGUUCCAGGAAGGGAUACAACUGCCGGAUAAAAAGACCAGUCCCCCCUUCGAUGUCUUUCAUCUUGUAUCAGGGCGGAAUCGGAAAGGAGUACUGGAACCUGAGGCCACCGACACCAGGACUCAAAGAUCGGAUUGACAUGGACCCAAUUAUCUUAGCAGCGAAGUACCAAAUACCAGAGCAUAAAAUUUGAAAUAGUGUCAUUUGAUCUUCUAUUUCACCCAUAGCAUCCUUGCUUCCAUUAAUCAUUUAGGUACACAUUCUCUGCAAAAUAAAGCAUGUAAAUAUUGUUCAAAGACAGCUCGUCUUUAUUUCUAUUUCAAAGACUAUAGUUUAUUCAGCUUUAUUUUGUUUACAACUCGACAACGAAAACAAUUGUCUGUACGUCAUCAAGAUAAUUUCGUAGGAGGAUGAGCAGACGACAAGAUGAAUGCCUGUUAUCAGGUGAUUCAAACAUGUCGUAAAUCUCCUCAUCUAUUCCGCGAAUUUACACUUGAUUUUCCAUCAACACCAAAUACCUCUACGUAUUUGAGAAUCGAAUGUGCAGAUCAGACACCAUCUUUUUUGUUUUUAACAGGAAUGUGAUGCUGUUAACUGGAAAAGGGGGAAAAACUUACGUGCAAUAUUUCUGUAAACAUUUCAUUACCUUUGUCAUGUAAACAUUUUUUUACAUAUUUAUCAUUGUGAUAAAAAAACGAUGGCUGCGGUUUUUUUCUAUAUGCCAUAUCAUGUAUCAUUAUUGCGCUAAGCCUUGAGUGUUGUUUCAAGCAAUAAGAAAUAAUAUUGCAAGCCCCUCUGGGUUCUCUCAGCGCUGUCCACGUAAUGUUUGGAGUGAGUUUUGCUUCAAGUUUAGAGUUACUGUGGCCAGCGUUUGAGAUCGAGGACUGCUGAGGUUCUAGUGAGUACAUGCAAUUGUUUGCUGCGGUGCUUUUCUGUUACUUGUUUUGACAUUCGUUCAAUAUCAUGUUCACUCUCUUUUCAUUCUGAUCUAUCUAUCUAUCUAUCUAUCUCUGACGGCUAGAGCUAUUAUUAGCUGUGACGUCAUGUCAUCUGUUACACCAUGCUAUGUACGUGUGAGUGCUCUCUGAUGCAUAUGAAGAAGGGACAAAUACGAUGCCCAGAGAACAUCAGGCAUCCAUGUGACAUCUACUAUAUGACGCGAGAAGAAUAUAGAUAUAAUAUAAUUUAUAUAUACAAAUAAAUUUUAUUAUGGCAAUUCAAGACAUCCAGCUUUACCAAUAUUUAUUUAUACACUCCACCAACUGCCAUGCAUCUUGCGCACUGCCAACAACCAUCGUCAUACAUGAUGAGAACACGGUAUGGCAUGACACACUGGCGUGGCACACUGACUUGUCACACUGACAUGUCCUGGUGUCGUUCUGUCACUAGUGUCAUUGACAUUGUUCAUUUCUUUCUCUAGGCUUACAUUCAAGGAAUGGCUAGUAAGCUUCUGUCUCACUGUCUGUCUCUCCCCCUUUCUCUCAAGCAAGGUAAAAAAAUUUGUAUCAGGAACACCACUUCCACCUCUGCAAUGGCAAAAUAUUACAAAAGUUGAAUUGAAAUGUAUUCGGGUACGGAACAAAACCAGAGAUUUCUUUUUUAAAUAAAACAUUUCUUCAGUUCA